GGCUGGAGGGAAUCCUGCUCCUCGGGUUUCUCUGUCUUAGUUCCGUAUUCUUUCCUUUUUGCUUUUCCUUUUUUUUACCCUUGUACUUAGAUUACGGCAGGUGUGUCAAUUUGCAUCUUCCCUCCUUCCUUCCUUCUCUCCCUCCCUCCCUCCUUCUCUCUCUCUCUCUCCCUCUCUCUCUCUCUUUUCUCUGUCUGACGAGGUGGAGGGUAGGGCUUGGGCAGGCUUUUUGAAUGUAGUCACUCUGCGCUCACCUUGCGUUGGUAAACAGACUCGCGUGUGCGGAUUACGGAAGAGCCAUGUGGAAUCAGUCUGACUACUCCAACCACUUGCCCUAUCCAGGGCACCCCUUCUACCACACGCCAUGCAGCCAUAACCAGCAGACGACGACGUACUGGCACCCUGUGACGGGACAGCUCUCGCCCGAAAACGCUGAGUUCCUGCUGCAGGAUCUCCCCCCAGUGACGGUGCGCAUGUCCGCUCUGCAGCCUCCCCAAACGGACCCCUACCCUCCCAGUGAGGUCACCGAGGCACCCACUGCCGCCACCGUGCCCCCAGCCUCCGGAAACCACACCUCCAAGAGCCUCAGAUCGUCCAGCCGUGUGUACAGCUUUGGGAAGCGGGAGCAGUCUAUCAAGAGGAACCCCAACAUUCCUGUGGUGGUGCGGGGAUGGCUAUAUAAACAGGACAGCUCAGGCUUGCGUCUGUGGAAGAGGAAAUGGUUCGUGUUGGCUGAUUACUGCCUGUUUUAUUAUAAAGACAGCAGAGAGGAGUCGGUCCUAGGAAGCAUUCCUCUGCCCAGUUACGUCAUCUCCCCAGUCGACCCCGAUGACCACAUCAGCCGCAAGUUUGCCUUCAAGGCUACUCACACGGGGAUGCGCUCCUUCAUCUACAGUAAGAGCUCUCUGAUUGGCUCACAGGCGGAGCAUGGUGGCAUGAGGACGUACUACUUCAGCGCAGACACACAGGAGGACAUGAAUGGCUGGAUCCGAGCCAUGAACCAGGCAGCUCUCAUGCAGAAUCACCAGAACCACGGUGUGAGAGUGUCAGAGAAACGUGAGAAGUUCGAGCAUCUUAUGGACGCGGAAGAGAUGGAGCCUGAGCAUAAAGCGGCCGAGCCACAGACCAAUCACAUCACAGUCAGACCUCUUAACCCCGGGCCCAUGGAAUUGGACGCUCCACCCAACGGCCCACUGAGACCAGGCAAAGAGGAAGCCGCCCAGGAAAUGGCCCUGGAGGCUCCCUCGGUGGAGGAGGAUGCUGGGAAAGCGCCCUCCAGCGGGGCCACCGGCGAAAACGAGGCGUUCCUGACGGGCUCCGAUUCCCGGCCCCCGUCCCGCGCCCCGUCGCGGGGUCCGUCGCGAGGUCCCUCGUCCUGGGGUCCCCCAUCCCGACCCCCCUCCACCGUGCCGAACGGUUCCCUCCCAGAGGUGAAUGGCAUCGGGGGAGGCGUGGGGAUGGCGGUGGGGGUGGUGAGCAGGGGACCGACCCCACGUGCGGAGAGCGGCGUCCAGGCGCAGAGGCAGAGCAUGCUGGAGCAGGUGGAGCACUGGGUCAAAGUUCAGAAAGACGAGCAGAGAGCGACUCUUACACGACGGCCAAAGUCCACCCAGCCUGUCAGCACAGUAGUUGAGGUCUACCACUCCAAUCCACUCCAGUCGUACCACACAAACCCUCCCCAGCCAUACCCACCCAAUCAGUCUCGGUCCUACCAGACCCUGCCAAAGACCCCGCCCAGCCAGCGCCACCGGCUGCCCAGCGACUACAAGUAUGCGCAGGACCGCGUCAGCCACUUCCAGCUGACGCACGGCCAUCCCCCGGCGGCCGGUAAGGACGCCACCGUGUGGCAGCUCUACGAAUGGCAGCAGCGCCAGCGGUACAGACACGCCAGUCCCACCGCCCCCCUCUACAACCCCAGCCCAGACUACCCUGGCCCACGACUGGGCUACUCUGCAACCCAAAGGAAGGACAAACCACGGUCCAUUCCUGUGCCCCCAACGCUGGCUGACAUCCCCCCUCCUGGGCCACCACGAACAAGACAGCCAUCGCCCCGGCGACAGCACACCCCUGCCAACCGUGUCACCGUCCAGCCACUGGACCAGAGGCCAGUGGUGGAGGUGCCACCGUCUGCAUCGCCACGGAGACAGCAUACACACAAGUCGGCGACUGUGGACAGACGCUCCAUGCCUCCGUCAGGUUACAUAACCCACACAGUCAGCGCGCCAAGUCUCUAUGGGAAAACGCUUGACCCCCAGUGCGCUCGUGUCCUCCGCCAGCCAGAGGAGCUGACCCUGCUGCUCAUCCAGCUGCGUCGGCACCAAGCCCUGAUGUCAGGGGUCCGCAGCAACACCCAUGCCCUCCUGGAUCGGUGCCAUCUGGGCACCCAUGCCCGUGCUCAUGUCCGUGCCCCAGACCCUGCACCCCCCACACGCAGAGCGCAGGUGGAUGACACUUAUGUGCAGCUGAAGAAAGACCUGGAGUACCUGGACCUAAAGGUGAUUGGCCCUGACACGAUGACGGAACGGACGGGGAAGCCAGUGAAGGUUGCUGAGAGCGACAUGGAUGUUCAACUCAGCAGACUGUGUGAGCAAGACAAAAUCCUCCAGGAACUGCAAGCCAAGAUCAGUGCACUCAAAGAGGACAAGGAUAAGCUGGAGUCGGUGCUCGACGUGUCCCAUCAGCAGAUGGAGCUGUACCAGGACCAGCCGGCCCACGCCGAGAAGAUCGCCUGCCAGCAGAAACUACUGCAGGAGGACGUGGUGCACAUCCGCGCAGAGAUUUCCUGGGUCUCCACGGAGAUGGAGCGCUCCUGGUUGGAGUACUGCAGGCAGGAACAGUGUGUGCUCCAGCUAAGAGAAGCACUUCAGGGCCAGAUGGAGCUCUGCACCGACCCACAGGAGAAAUCUCAAAUGAAGAGAGAGCUGUGGAGGAUUGAAGAUGUUAUGGCAGGUUUAAGCACCAACAAAGCCAACUAUAAAAUCACCAUCAACUCAGUGCAGAACCCAGAGCGGAAACUUGCCCCAUCUGUGCCUGAGUCUACCGUGCCUUCUCGGUGUGUGACCCCUGCUCUGGGAGAGAGGUUGUCUAGGAGCAGCCCUCUAAUCACAGAGAACCCCCCUAUCCAGUGGCAGCCACCCCCAACACACACUUCAGUGCCAACGUGGGUGGAGGACGCACCUCCUCCCCGACCCCCUCUGCCCCUCCUAUACGACGCCGAGGACAUGCCACCGGCCGUUCCCCCGCUCCCCAAGGAGGCAGCCGUCAUCAGGCACAUGUCGGUCCGAGGCCUCAAACGCCAGUCGGACGGGAGGAGACGCGACCGAGAGGGCCACUACACCGUAGACAGCAAGGUGGAGUUGCGAUCAUACCUGAGUGAGCCUGAGUUGGCAGGAAAUGGCCAGGGGCACGUUGAAGGCAGUUUCCAGACACUGCCAAACAAAGGUCUAUCUGGUUCGUCCUCCAGGAUAUACCAAACGGGCCAUGUGUCCUCAUUUGUCACAAUGAGGAAAGGCAAUGACUUCCGAGGAGGUUUACAGGAGAGACCGAAGAGUGCCUUGGAGAGGCUAUACAGCUCCGAUUCCCAGCAGGCCGAGCAGCCUCAGCCCCGCGGCCGGAUGAGUGCCGAGGAGCAGCUGGAGCGGAUGAAGCGCCACCAGAGGGCGCUGGUGCGGGAGCGCAAGCGCAACCUCAGCCAGGGCGAGCGCCACUCCAGCGUCUCCACAUCCACCUCCCGACCCCCGACCUCUGACCCCGCAUCACAAAAUAAGGAGCAGGAUUUGGAUUCACAGCUGCUGGAAAGAACAGUACCCGGGAAGGAGCAAUGGACUGCAGGAGGGAGGGGCAGUGAAAGCCUGAAUGGGCCCAGCCAAUCAGAUGCAGUGAGCAAUGAUGGGGAGUGGCUUACAGUGCUUGCUGUGCCCAUGAGAGAGCAAGACCUCGAACCUGUGGACUUUGAGUUUGAUAUCAGCAGAGAGUUGGCUACUCCACAGAAGGUGCUAAUCCCCAAACGCUAUGUGGAGCUCGAGCUGGAGGAGAGCCUGACCUCUGAGGAGAUGGAGGCCCGCGACCUUAAAGCGGAGAAGAUCAAGAACCUCCUCGCCAAAUCAAGUGGUCAAACAGUGGACACUACAGAGCUGGAUUCCGCCCUGCAGCAGAAGGAGAGGAUUGUGGGUAUUCCACGUGCAUUGGCAUCUGAGGCAUCGAUCAGGAUCAAGCAAGCCGCCGCAGCCAGAGCCUACCUUGGACAAUGAGCUGUGUCGUGUGCAAUGGCAUCCUCAUCUGGACUCAAGUCUUUCCAUUUACAAUCAAUAUAAAAUAUUUAACGCUUCACUGAAAAUAAUGUCUCCUAUUUAUGGCCCACAAGUGCUUUGUGUUAGACUACAAUGUUUUGUAAAUUAAUUUUAAUCCUUGUUUAAGCCAGAUACACACGCUUUGCCUUGUUUCUAAUACGGCAUAAUACCUGGUUUGUUUUGCACUUGUAACUUGUACAUGUUUGAUAUUUCCAACAAAAUCAAACACUCCACUCAAAACAUUUUAAUCCAACUUUGCAAGAGAAUAGUCUUCUUAUUGUUGACAAAUACUGGAUUUUGUGUUCAUAGUAUCAGUAUCUGUGUGGAAGCAAUGGAGAAAAACUGUAAUAAUUACCUUUUUAUACACUAUGACUAUGGUUGACUCUGACAAAAACAUGCACUGUGUGUAUUGCAGUUUGGUCAAAUUCUGCGUAUUUUUAAUUUUGCUGCUAAAUGACAUUUUGUUUUAAAAGUUUGAAAAUGAGUCACAUGAAUUAAAUGUUAAUAUUUUA